AUGAAUUGGAAAAUGAAAGCCCCCAAAGAAUUUGUACUACUUGGCUUCUCAGAUAAGCCUUGGCUACAAAUGCCCCUUUCUGUGGUCCUGUUAAUAUCACACACAAUCAGCAUCCUUGGCAAUGUGUCCAUCAUGAUGCUGUGCAUUCUGGGUCCCAAACUUCAUACACCCAUGUGUUUCUUUCUCACUAAUCUCUCCAUCUUAGGUCUCUGCUACACCACAACUACAGGUCCUCCUAUGUUGGUAAAUAUGGGUCGCAACAAAGAGACCAUCAGCUAUGUUGGCCAACUCAUCAUCGUCCUGGCCUUAGGUGCUACUGAGUGUCUCCUUCGGGCUGUUACGUCCUUUGACAGAUUUGUGGCUGUUUGCAGACCCCUUCACUACGUAGUCAUCAUGAAUUACUGGUUCCGCCUAAGGAUGGUGGCCUUCUCCUGGCUUACUGGUUUCAGCAACUCAGUGCUGCAGUCUUCCUUGACCCUUAACAGGCCUGGUCACCAGGAAGUGGACCACUUUUUCUGCGAGGUGCCUGCCCUUCUCAAGUUGUCAUGUGCUGACACAAAGCCUAUUGAGGCUGAGCUCUUCUUCUUUAGUGUAUUAAUUCUUCUAAUUCCAGUCACAUUGUUUCUCAUAUCCUAUGGCUUCAUAGCUCAAGCAGUAUUAAAAAUCAGGUCAGCAGAAGGACGGCGAAAAGCAUUUGGGACAUGUGGGUCCCACAUGAUUGUGGUGUCUCUCUUUUAUGGAACAGCCAUUUAUACGUAUCUACAGCCACCUUCAUCCACCUCUAAGGACUGGGGAAAGAUGGAAUCAUCACACCUCCUCAUCUACAGCCUUAGAAAAGACAUGAAGGAGGCCUUCAAGAGGGUGAUGCCAAGAAUCUUCUGGAAGAAGUAA